UUAAGUUUAAUCUAUAAGAUCAAAGAUUAGUCCAUGAGAGAACAUGCCUUUUGUCUCCUAACCUCCUAUAUUAUCAUCAUUACCAUCAAUAAUCCUAUUUUUAUUUCAUUUCACAGCGAAGAUAAGUAGAGGUUUCGUUAUAAGGAAAGGAGAAAACCUCAGAUAAGAGCAUAGCAGAGAAGAAGAUGUAUCAAGAUCAACAGCAUCCCGUUGGUGCUCCUCCUCCUCAAGGGUAUCCUCCAAAGGAAGGAUAUCCACCACAGGGAUAUCCUCCGGCAGGUUAUCCUCCACCGCAGGGAUAUGGUCAGGCAUAUCCAGCACAAGGUUAUCCUCCACCUCAGUAUCCUCAAGGUCCUCCACCUCAGUAUUCUUAUCAGGGUCCUCCGCCGCCACAGUAUGGUCAGGCUCCGCAAAAGAAGAAGAAAGACAAGGACUCAGGAUUUGUUGAAGGAUGUUUGGCUAUGCUCUGCUGUUGCUGUCUCUUGGAAGCUUGCUUUUGAUAGAAGGAUGAGAUGAUAUUUUCCGUUGACCUUCUUCGGAUGCAACUUAUUCUAUAAGAAAGACGUGUUUGAUUAAACAUUUAGACAUGGAUACGUGUGUGUGUGCGUGCGUGCGUUCACGCUUUGUGCUUGUUCUGUUCUUUAUUUUUUUGGCUAUCAUGAAUUGGAAUUUUACUUCAGGUCUUGUUUUAUUUUAUUGACAGUUCUAUUCCUGAGUUA